AUGACAUCGAUCAACUUUGAUGGUCACAAUUUAGGAUUCCAAGCAGGGGUCAUUAAUGGCAGUGUAAGCACAGAUAAUAUCACAACAGUUCGUCCACUCGCAAAUUCCCUCUUCAAAUCACUCUUCAACUCUUCAGAGCUCUUCGGUCAGAUUAGAAACAAGCUUGGCCUUCUCGUAGCCGUCCUGGACGCGACCAAGGAGCAUACGCAGGGCGUCCAAGCUGGCAAUGAACAGGUUAAAGGACUCGAAGAGGCCUUAGCCAACUGCCACAGUACUUUGACUGAUCUUUCACGGUUGAAGGACCACUUUGAUGGCGUCAACCCUCAAACCCAGGCUACCUGGGAACGAAUGGGCUGGCGAGAGGAUGAUUUAGUUGACCUCAGCUCAAAACUCACCACCUAUAUCAACGGAUUGAAUGUUCUCAAUGACAAUAUAUUACGGUGGGGUCUACGAAUCUCAUGGGCCACAAAUGUAUGUCUAAUAAUGUCUGGCAGAUCCUCGCAUGCAAACUUUGACCGAUUGUUGAGGAAUUUUAUCAAUGAAAUCCGUGCCGGCAAGCGUGAGUCGUCGGUCAUGUCAAGCGUGUCAACUGGAUCGCUUUCAACAGACGAGAAAGAGGAAUGGAGGCAACUUCGUAGAGAAUUACAGAGCAUCGGUAUUACUCCCGAAAUAUUUGCCCACAACCGUGAAUAUAUUCUGGACACCCUGCGUGCUCUAUCUCAGGACGAGAUUGGAGCAGCUGUACAGGAGCAAAAAUCUGCUUCUGAGCCCCUUGGCGACGUCGCCUAUGGCUCUUCAGAAUCAGAAAGCCAGGAGGAGAAAUCAGCUCCUAAGCACCCUGCCGACGUCGGCUAUGAAUCUUCAAAAUCGGAAAGCCAGGAGGAGAUAUCAGCUCCCAAACACUCUGCCGACAUCCCCGAUAAGUGUUUAGAAUCGGCAAGCCAGGGUGAUAGCAUGCUAUUACCGCCAAUACGAUCCAAUGGAACCGAUCUCUAUACAUCACUGCUUCUUGCAUCGAUCAAUCAAACUCCGAAGGAGAAGAAGUCAGAUGAAUGGGCAGCGUCGAUCAUGUCAAGUAAAGAUUCCCCGGUCGCCGAACACCUUGGAGAAAACAGGCGGCCGAGCCGAUCGUUGAUUGAUUUUGAGAUAGAACUUACGCCUGAUGAUCCAGAGAAUGAUGGUCAUGUCCAUGAUGAACUGCGACCACUGUCGUUCUUCACUGUCGUGCAGCCCAGUAACAGGACACGGGAUCCGGUUCGCAUGAGUCAUGACGAUCUUGAGCCUUCCUCUCGAGAGGAAUGGGCAUACAUACUGAGAUUGAACGAUCUCAAGAAAAAGGGCAAACAUAGCGGAGAGAACUGGUCUACUGCCGCCAGCAUAGGACAAAAUUACGGUCAACUUCCUAAUCACCAUAGGAAGCAUACUACCUUGGUUUAUUCAAAAAAGCAUACAUGUAUCGUCCAAUAA